UUUUUUUUUUUUUUUUUUUUUUUUUUUUUUUUUUUUUUGGAAAUGUGUUUUUCUGUUAUUAUGUUGGGGAUCUGGGUUGUAGAGAACAGGGUGGGGGUCCAUCAUUCAUAAGGGGUCAAAGUCACACGCCGAUUGCCUGUGGUUUUAUAUAGAACAAGGGUCAGUAUAUUGAUGGUGUAUAGCCAAUUCACUGUACUGUAACAUUUUAAAAAGAUGAAAGUUGGCUACAGUAGCUACAAUGGAUCAAUGUUAGAGAUGAAAUGUUGUUGAAAACUGCCAAGUGCCAGAUAACGCAGUAUGUCUGACAAACUUAAAGAAUUUGUUUUGAAGAGAGGAAUUGGGCCGGCUGUACUACAAAGACUUGUCACUGAUAAGAUUGACUGCAGUGUCAUGCUGUUAAUGGAUGACAAUACGUUGAAAUCAUACUUACCUGCAUAUGGUGAUAGAGUGUCGACAAUUGCUUUCUGCAGGUCUCAAACUGAAGGUGAUCAGUGCUCAAAUGCAUUGAAUGAAUUACGUGGGAAAUGGAAAAAAGAGCGAUCUACUCUCCACAGCUGUGGUUUCAAGGCUGGAAAUGCUUAUGCAGAAAGGACCAUAAGAAGAUUGGAGCUAGGAUGGAUGGAUUACAGCAACCAAUCCAUGUGUUAUAAGCAAGUGAGGCAACGAUGUGGAGGUGGUGUCCGCCAUCUCAUGGUUGAGAAAACACUUUCUUUAAAGGCAGUCCUUAACCAUGCUUUAGAUGCAUUCUUUCCAUCCCGCAUUUCCCAACGAGGUAUUCUACAAGAGUUUGAAACAGAACUGAAAGACUUCCAAGGCAUGUGUGUCAAUAUGGAAAAUACAAUCAACGAACUCUAUAUUGAGUCAAAAUUAAAAAUACUUCGGGUAUAUUUAUAUACCAAAAAGAAGACUGAAAAGGCAAAUGACACCAUUGGGCCCAUUGAAGAAAGUUUGUUAAGUAUUUGUAAUAGCAAUAAAGAAGAGAAAGACAGCUCACUGUUGAAGAAAUGGGUUGACAAAGCACUACAACCCGCAGAGCCACAAACAAUAGUUGUUCAAUGGGAGAGGCUGUUACAAACAAUGUUAAGAGUUGUUGGUAAAUCGACUUCCAACUGGUUACAGCCGCUUCGAAUAGUAUUCUCUGAUGAAGAUGGAGAUGACCAAGGAGGUUCAAAGAGAGAAUAUCUCUGGUACAUUUCAAUUUAUUUGUUCAAAACACUGUAUUUGGUGACUGCAUAGCAGCUUCUUAACCCUACAGAGCUUUCUUAGUUCAAAUAAUAACAAAUUGAUAACAGAAACUUUUUUGAGUUUAUUCGUUUUACUCGAUACAUUCCUUUGAAACAUUCAUAUUUACCGUAUUUGAAUGUCAGACAUAGCUCAGGUAACUCUCAAUGCAGUUUUACAAUGUAUAUACUUAAAUAAGUAUGCUUGAUAUUAUUUUAAAAUUGAACUCUUUCAAUGUGAUUAUUUGCUUUUCACAGCUUUUAUACGGCCGUUAAUAGACGUAUAUUGUUCAUGUGUUAUCUGACCAUUAACUAUGUAUACCUUACUUUGUGUCGCCGCAACUCCCCAAGUUACAGUUUUCAAAGGAUUCCUUUCUAACAUAGUGUGUACACUAAACAAGGUCUGAACCUGUGCACCUGGGAUUGGAAUAUAGAUUCAACAUUUUGUAUAGCAGUUAUGUUACGUAAUAGAUAACAUAACAUUACAUAAUUUUGUUAGCAUUAAAUGUCAUAAUACAUUUAUAGCCUCGUAUAAUACAAAAAUUCAAUAAACCUGUAGUGAAGACAUGAAUUUUCAUAGAAGAACAAGUAUUGACAUGGUUAAAAACAUUGUGUUACAUAAUACAGGUGCAACACUUUAUUGCAUGUUGCUGCACCUUCUGCUCCUUCAAACUUCAUCAGUUUCAUCAAAAAUGUUCGGAAAUGAGGUAACCAUAACUUUUCCUGGCUUUUUUUUAGCAAAUUAUCUCCCUUUGCACUUGUUUAUUAUUUUCAUAUUACAGUAACACUUUAAAACAUUGACAGAAUAUCUUGGAACUUCAGACAUACACUCAGUGUAGGCUGUCCUUUACAAUGAUUUGGUUUGUGAGCUUGACUUUGACCUCA